AUGGAACAACAAAUGCCCGAACACGACGGCGAAGUUUUCGUCCAGGAUGUCGAAGUCGAGCGCGCCGGGCUGGCCGGUGCCGAGGUAGCUGAACGUGACCACCCAGCCGCCCUGCGACUGGCCGGCCGUCAGGCCGGCGGUGGGCAGCAGGCCGUCGAGGUAGCCGCGGGAGGCCAGGGUGGUGUCGGGCUGCACGACGAGGCUGUCCCAGCUGGCGGGAGACGCCUGCAGCGUCAGCGAGGCGAAGCUGGUCUCGGGGAAGUAGACGCUGAACUCGGAGACGCUGGGCGGCGUGCCGUCGGCAUGCAGCGUGAAGGCCACCCGCCAGUCCGUGCCGCCGAGCCAUUCAUAGACGGCAUCGAUGCCGGCGGCCUGCGCGGAACUGCAAGCCAGCGCGAUCGCGCACACACCACUGGGCCAUUUGACGGACUUCAUCGGGACUCUCCGGUUGCGCAGCCGUGCCCACGGAAAACAGGCCGUUUCGGCCCUGCGAUUCGUGGGGGGUCAGCAGACCGCCGGGGCCGUGCAGGCCGACGCGACCUGCGUGCCGUCGGCCGCCGGGUUGCGCUUGCCCACGACGACGACGCGCGGCAGUUGCUGCACCUGCACCUCGGCCGUCUGCGGCUCGGCGCGGCGGCCUUCGAUGACGACGCGUUCGAGCUGGAUGACUUCUUCGGCCGGCACGUUGAGCGUCAUCCACGUGGCGCCGGUCAGCGCGAUGAGGGCGACGAGGACGGCGGCGCUGGCGGCCUGCAGGCGGCUGGCGCGGGUGCUGGUGGUGCUGAUGCGGUUCAUGUGUAUGGCUCCCGUUUGAUCUGCGUCGCACUGUGCCCACUCAGGCUGGGCGGCAUCACGGACCUGAACCUGCUGGCGGACAUCAAGCCAGGCUUUGUCGACGCGCUGGAGGUCGUCACCUACGUCGACCGGCUGCGCAAGGUGCUGCGCACGCUCAACGGCCUGCGCCUGGGCUCGCGCGAAUCGAGCGCGCCGGCGUCGCCGUACACCGACAUCGUCGCCCGCUGGCGCAUCGUCCACUCCUUCCGCUGGAGCAUCGUCGACGGCAAGGACGGCGCGCCCGACCGGCUGCUGCUGUCCGUCAACUUCGACGGUGGCUGGGAGCCCUACAUGCGGGUCAUCUGGGACCAGCUCGGCUCCACGCUGGACCUGAUGCUGUGCCACACCGAGAACUACACGCUGUCGCGCGACUGCAGCUUCGAGACCUACGCGCGCUGGGUGCGCGAGCACGAGGUGUCGGCCGACUUCCUGUUCAUCGAAUCCGGCCGCACGCUGCGCUUCCCCGCCGCCGAGCCGGGCGAGAACUUCACCGCGGCCGACGACAAGCGGCUGAAGGAACUGGCCGACGCGCUGACCGUCAACACGGGCCUGGCGCUGAUGGCCAUCGAGCCCAUGCGCAGCAACGCCGCCGACAAGGAGCACUUCGGCUUCAAGGACGGCAUCAGCCAGCCCACGCUGGCCGGCACCGGCACGCCGGGCCAGGCCUGGGACGACCAGGUCAAGACCGGCGAGGUGCUGCAGGGCUUCCCGACCGAGCGCGACAAGGGCUACGCCGUGCCCGAGCAGCCCGACGCGCUGCUGGACCGCGGCAGCUUCCUCGUCGUGCGCAAGCUGCGCCAGUACACCGGCCGCUUCAGCAAGCGCACCUACCAGGAGGCCAAGAAGAUCGGGCUGGACCACGACCUCGUGCUCGCCAAGCUGAUGGGCCGCUGGCAGGACGGCCGGCCGCUGGCCGCGCCCGAGACGCCCGGCGCCGGCAACGACUUCAACUACGCCAAGGACGCGCAGGGCUCGGCCUG